UCCGCCUGAGGUCGCGGCCCGGUCGCUGCCUACGCGCCAGGUGAGGACUCGGUAGCGCUCCCGGCCCCUCCGGGCGCUGCACGCAGCAGGUGCCUUCCCUGAUGGGUGCGGAAUGAAAGCGAACAGAGCGGGCCCCCACCCAGCUGGCGGCGGGGCCGAGGCAGCGCCCCCCUCGUAGACGCCGCGCAGCCCCGGGCCCGCGCACGCCGUGCCCCAGCGCGCUUCCGGCCAGGUCACGUGACCGCGUGCGCACGUGUUCCGGUCUCCGUGCCGCGGCUCAGAGCCUCCUCCUGGCUGGCCCCCGCCGAUGUCCACCUAGAGCCGGGGCAGCCCAAGCCAAGGAGGCGGCGGGCCCUGGGAGCUGCAGGGACGCAGGCGCCGAGCCGCGUGAGCAGAAGGCUCGGGCAGGUGGACGGCGGCUUCCGCCAUGAACCCCAGGGGCCUGUUCCAGGACUUCAACCCGAGUAAGUUCCUAAUCUACGCCUGCCUGCUGCUCUUCUCCGUGCUGCUGCCCCUCCGUCUGGACGGCAUCAUCCAGUGGAGCUACUGGGCCGUCUUCGCCCCCAUAUGGCUGUGGAAGCUCCUGGUCAUCGCGGGCGCCUCGGUGGGCGCUGGCGUUUGGGCCCGCAACCCUCGCUACCGCACCGAGGGGGAGGCCUGCGUAGAGUUCAAAGCCAUGUUGAUCGCAGUAGGCAUCCACCUGCUGCUGCUCAUGUUCGAAGUCCUCGUCUGUGACCGUGUGGAGAGAGGGACCCACUUCUGGCUGCUGGUCUUCAUGCCACUCUUCUUCGUCUCCCCGGUGUCUGUGGCCGCCUGCGUCUGGGGCUUCCGACACGAUAGGUCGCUGGAGCUAGAGAUCUUGUGCUCAGUCAACAUCCUGCAGUUCAUCUUUAUUGCCUUGAGGCUGGACAGGAUUAUCCACUGGCCGUGGCUGGUGGUGUUCGUCCCCCUGUGGAUCCUCAUGUCGUUUCUUUGCCUGGUCGUCCUGUAUUACAUCGUCUGGUCCCUUCUGUUCCUGCGAUCCCUGGAUGUGGUAGCCGAACAGCGAAGAACACAUGUCACCAUGGCCAUCAGCUGGAUAACGAUUGUCGUGCCUCUGCUCACUUUUGAGGUCCUACUGGUUCACAGAUUGGAUGGGCACAAUACAUUCUCUUACAUCUCCAUCUUUGUCCCCCUUUGGCUCUCGUUAAUAACUUUGAUGGCUACAACGUUUAGGCGAAAAGGAGGCAAUCAUUGGUGGUUUGGUAUUCGCAGAGAUUUCUGUCAGUUUCUGCUUGAAAUUUUCCCAUUUUUAAGAGAAUAUGGGAACAUUUCAUAUGAUCUCCAUCAUGAAGAUAGCGAAGAUGCUGAGGAAACAUCCGGUCCAGAAGCUCCAAAAAUUGCUCCAAUGUUUGGAAAGAAGGCCAGGGUGGUUAUAACACAGAGCCCUGGAAAAUAUGUUCCUCCACCCCCCAAGUUAAAUAUUGAUAUGCCAGACUAAGCGCUUUUCCACCCAAGGCCCUUACGUGAAAUAGAAACCAUAUACACACACACAAAUUCCACCUUGCUUUUGCCUCUUUGUUCAUCCAUCCCAAACCUGGAACUGGAAACAGGCUCUAAACACAUCAGCUCAUGCCUUGUGAAAUUGAUGCGGAUCAGUGACUCAUCAGUAUGCACCAUAGAUAGAGGAGAUUGUUUUAAUCUGUGGUUGUGUGUGUGUGGUGUGCACAUGGGUGAUAGAACUUGCUUUCCAGGUCGGUGUUUAAGAGCUAGCCAAGGGCAGUAAGUUGUUUUAGUAGGUCCUCAAAAGAAAUAACUACACAACUGUUUGAUGGUGGUGGUGGUGGUUUUUAAGUGCUAGUAUACCUGUCAACAGUAUUGUUUAAAAAGUAUUUUUAUACAUUGCUAGUCUGUAAAAUUGUAUUUCAGAUUAUUGUGCCUGUUAUGACAGAAUAGCAAAUAUAUAGAAUUCUCUUUCCACCACUGGUUUAUAAACCUCAUAGUUGUUAUUUCUAGUGUCCCCACUGUUAAGAUAGUUUUUCUUUGGGCUUUGCUGAUACUGGUCUUUAAUAUUGUAAUAGACGAAUUUUUCUAAUGGAGUGAAUCUGCAUAUAUAGUAUUUAUAUGAAUAUUUUAGCAGUGUAAUAUAUUCUAGUUCUCUGCAGUACAGUGUAUUAUGUUAAAGUAUUUUUUUAAGUUUCUAUGUGAAGAUAAAUGUCUAUUGCAGAUGUACAUAAAGACUGCAUAAGAUGUUCAUAUGUACCCUCUUGUGGGAUCAUAUCAAAGUACUAGGUAUAAAUGUAGGAGUUGAAAAUCCUGUGGACCUGAAUAUUCAAUUUUAAGGUCUCUUAGUACCUGUUAGUAGAGGGAGGAGCCACCACCCUUUGGACACAGUGUGGUACCAGGCCAUAAAGUGAUACUGAUGUUUACCACCUCAAAUUUUUCCACAAGUAGUAACAACUCUUGAGGAACAACCAAAGUCAGCAAGUGGUUGUCCAUUUCUCAGGGUGUUAGAAUUUUAGUUUGUUGUGAUAUAAAGCAUUACUUGUCAUUGAAAAGCUGAAGAUAGUAGCCUUAACCAAAAAUGGUCAAAAGAUGACUUUUAUUUUAAGGUCCAGACUUUUUGGUCUGUCAGCCGUAGAGAAACAAUAGUUCAGGUUUUAUUUUUAGGAAAGUACAGUGUUUGUUCAGAUACUGGUGGUACACCAGGGAAUCAGAAGGGUAGAGCCAGACCCUUCAAAAGUGAUAUUCUGACUGAGAACAAAUAAACACUUUGAAAAGGAGUUUGCAA